AUGAGCAUUGCAGAGCAACUAAACAAAGUGCGAGAGAAAAACGUAAAAGAGCGCAGCAGAGUUGUAAUCUUUAGAGAAUGGAUUGAAGAGCCAGACAUUCUUUUCUAUUCACGCGUUGAGGAGGCUGUUGAAUUAUUUCAACUAUAUCAUGACGCAGCAUACGAAAGAGCCCAGAAAUACAUUACUUCCUUUACAGACGAUCAGAGCCAAAACUCUAGGCGUGAUAGAAUGACAGACAGGGAGAAUGCUUUGCUCUCAAAAAGAAUGAAACUUCUUCUUGAGACACUCACUCCGUAUACGCUGCACGAGUACGUGCAAGUCAUUCUGGAGUGGCUUAUACGCCGGUACAGAAUAGACAAGUAUGAAUUUGACUAUCUGGUAUCUGCCACCAUACAGGUCCCUAGUAUACACAGCGCAAUAGAGAUGUUUACACGCAGAAACCCAUUUAUGAACAGCGCAGUUGUGUCUUUGCUACAGUGCAGAUGCAUUCCGCAGCUGAUUGGAAAGGAUCUAGCCAAAAACACCCUUAUAAAUGUGUGCAUAUUAAAGCCUCUACUUCACAUAGAGGGAAACAAAGAUACAGCUGUGUAUGCGCAUUUCUUAGAAAAAGUCUCUGAAAGCCUUUUCGUUGAAAGCGGCAUUCCUGAGGAAGUAGUCUGCGAAUGGGUUAAUUCUCUGAUGGACUGCAGAAGAAGGAUGAAGACACAGGCAAGCAAAGAGUCACAGGAGAUUGUAAAGAGACUGGAGAGCAUUCUGAUAUACAUACGCGCCAAUCAUGAGCUGAUCGACGAGAUAGAAGCAAAGAUUGAUGAGUUCUCUGAUGCACCUGCUCUCCCUACAGAAGCAGUUGUAGACUCUGAAAAUGUUCUAUACAGAUUCUCUACGCUAUAUGCGCACUUUAAGGAAACAGCAGAGAAGGAUGAAAUAAUGCAGGAGUAUCCAAUAGAGCUCAUGAGCCAGCUGGUGUCAGAGAAAGAGGAAGUGCCUGGGUGGCUGGAUAUUAUUAAGGAUACUAUAUUCACCAUGCCAGAGCAGGAAGGCAUAAUGGACUUCCUUCUUGAGAAGACAGGAAUUGCAACACUUCUAUGCACAGAUGCAAGGUACAAAAGUCUAGCAAAGAAGAACCCAGCAAUUGAUGUUCUGGCCAGAAUAGAAAGAGAAGCAGAGGGUGCAGAACUAAAGAUAACCAAGCCAGCACUGAAGUCUUUCUACGGAAUUCUUCCUAACAGACGCAUUGAAGCAUGGAUAUUUAAGAAAGUGUCAAAAUACAGUGAACUAAAGACAGUUUUGAGUGUUUUACUGCCGGUUCUCUCCUUGGAAACCAUCCAUGCAGAGAUGCUUAAGGUAAAUGACUGGGCAAGUGCUGUUCUGUUCCUUGACGAGGCACAUGUUGACUCUUUCGUCAAAAAUAUUAGUAGAGACCUUCUUGUUAGCCACUUCUCAGAGUAUAUUGACGCUGUGUCAAAAUAUGCAAACUAUACGCCCCUGGGUCUUUCUUUAAGUUCUGAAGAAAAAGCAAGCCUCCUGGAAAUUACGCGUAAUAGCUUGAAGAGAAAUACAACGCCUGCUGAUAUGCUAUUCAUGGUGCAUCUGUACGUAGACUUGGGCGCACAGAUUGAGGACCUUCUUGCAUUGCAUGAGAAAAUAUCACUUUUCCCAGAGGAAGAGCGAAAGAGGCCAGUUAAAGCCCUGCUUUCAGUGCUUUCAACCAUGCGAGGUGCUAUUUCCAGCACUGUUCUGCGAGGCAUAAUCAGGAGCCUUGAUGCAUUUGAUGUGGACACAACCAUAUCUCUGCUCUUCUACCGCACUGCUUUGUCUUUGUCUGUUUCUGAGUUUGGCGCAUUCAUAGCUGAGUCCAUUCUUAAGGCGGACGAGUCUGAGUCUGUUGAAGGAAAAAUGCUUAGGUGCUUAAGAAAGGAUAAUAUAGACUUGGUGUCUGCUGUGUUUGAGAAAUACUUCACAUCACUCACACCACAGGAGAUUAUGCAUGUGAUUACAACAGAAUAUAUUGAUCUUCUAGCAGCAGGUCUGACCAAAGCAUUUGUACACUUUGAUUUGUGCUUCCAGCAAGAUAUUAUUAGACUGUCAAUGGAAAUGGAAGAAAGCGGAAGAUCUGCUCUAUUUGACAUAAUUUCCAAAAAUGCCCCAUAUGCUAUUCUUCUGCAGUCAGUCAUCCCGAACAGCAAGCAUUCUAUUACCCUUGUCCUGGAUACAGUUCUUUCCACAUUCAUAGAUGCGGAUAGCAGUGCAUCUUUACUUGCUCAAAAUGCAGAAGGAGCUGCUCUUGAAGCACUGCUGCUAGAAAAGCUUAUCCAAGCAAGGAAGAUGGGAAUUAAUGAAUCUGUUCUGUGCAACUGGGAGAGAACCAUUCUACCCAUGCCAAAUAUUCCAGCCCUUCUUGCACAGCUCGUAAAGAAGGCGCCAUCCCAGAUAGUUAGAGGAAUCAUUAGCAGAUACCUUAAGAAGAAUCUGUGCCCAACAGCACUUCUUUUCGUCUUUGUGCAAAACCAGAUAUCAGACAGUGCUAUUCUUUCAAACAUUCUUAAGUACAGUCCCUCUCCAAGGUCUAAAGUGCUUCUUCUUCGGUCAGUUUUAAUGAGGCCACUAAAGAAUACGCUUCCUCUUGUUUUCACUAUCCUGCAGGACAAGAAGUCUUCUCUCCUCAGAUACUACAUCCAGUCUCGGCUAAAGCACAUUGUUAAAUGCGUGCUUGCCCAGAAAGACACACAGGGUCUUCUUGUUACCAAGAUUAUGUGCAACCUAAUAAGCAGAGAGAAGAAUGUCAUGCACCCAUAUGUGCCUUCCUUGAUGUCUUUGGUUAAAAAGACAAAGAAGAAGAUGCUUGUAAGAAAGCUCUCAAAUAUCAAUCUAAGAUACAUCAUGGAAGUAGUUUCUGACAAUACAGAUAUGCUUAUUCUUAAAGAGUACGUUCAGAACAAACUCUCUGAUCUGGAGCCAGAAGAUGUCAAAGCACUUACGUCCUUCUAUAUUAACAGAAUAGACAGCAGAAUCGCAGCUAAAACACUUGUUACGCUCUUUGAAGUUAUCAAGAACCCGCAGGAAGUGUGGACUGACAUUCUCAAAAAGACAGAAGGAUACACACCCAGAUUCAUCAAUAUUCUCCACUGCAUGAGCAAGUCUGACACUCAAGGAAUCUGCAUGGCAUCGCUCUCUUCAAUAUAUUCUCGUUUAGAAAGCAUGCUCAUUGCAGCGCUAGAAGAAAAUACUACUUCAGAGAUUGUCUAUAUUAUGAAAAAGUUCUUCAUGCAUGAGAAGUCCACUCUAAUCACGAUUUCACGAAUUCUGGAGUUGUCUUUGCUGAUAAUUUCAAACCACAAGAGCAUUCCAGGGCUUGUUUCAGCACUGUUUUACUCACAGGCAGUUAAUAACCCAUCAGAGGCAGAAGGCAUAAACCACGCAGUGCUUGUAGAACUGACCAAAGCAGAAGGGAAUAGAAAGACAGCUCUAUUUAACACACUCUACAAGAUGUACGCUAAGUACCCAGAUUUCAUCACUCGCAUACUUGGACAAAGUGCUCCAUACUUCGCAAUACUUCUGGAGUCUAAGGAUGCAUCCACUAGAAAGAAGGCAGAGCAUCUCAUGAAAUGCAUUACUUCUCUCUCUGGAGAAGAUCCAUACAAAUUCCUGUAG